UUAAGUCCCAGCCAAGGAAAGUCAACUAUCAAAAACGAUCAACUGCCACCAAGAUAUAUUGCUCAAAGAAAGAAAAAAAAAAUCAUUUGUGAGUGCUUCAUUGAUUGCCUUGCUUUCCCCUACAAUUAUGGCGGAAACGUUUCUGUUCAAUGUUGCAGAUAGGGUUCUGGAAAAACUAGUCCAUCUCUCUGUACAAGAAAUUCGCUUGGCGUUUAAUGUCAAAACCGAUCUGAAAAAGCUGGAGGACACCAUGAUCAGCAUUAAAGCUGAGCUCUUGGAUGCCGAGCGGCAACAGCACCAAAAUGAAAAGCUGCGCCUCUCUAUGUGGAAGCUCAGAGACAUCUUUUACGAUGUUGAGGACGUUAUUGAUGAUUUCAAGUGUGAAACUCUCCGCAAACAGGACGCCAUCAAUCAUCGCAAUACCAACAGCUCAAAGGCGGUUCGUGUGUGGAUCUCGUCAACAUAUCGUCGCAAACAGGAAAUCCCCAACCAUAAUGGUGUCAAUCUGGGUAAGCACCUAGAUUUAUAG